UGCUAAAAUAUCCUGGCUGUUGCCUUUGCACAUAGAUAGCCCCUACUGCACUGUAUUUUUUUAAUUAUUUACUCAUUUAUAUUUCACACAAGUUAAAGCCACGGCUGUCUAAGUAAGUACUUGCUCCUUAAAGUAGCUAGUCCUGAAAAACCCUAAAGCAAAUUUCAUCACACACUGAAAAAAAUCAGGACAGGUGACCUUUCUUCUGACGCAUGAUGCAGAAACGUGUCCAGAGAAGGGCGAUGGAGCUGGUGAGGGGUCUGGAGCACAAGUCUGAUGCGGAGCGGCUGAGGGAGCUGGGGUUGUUCAGUCUGGAGAAGAGGAGGCUGAGGGGAGACCUCAUCGCUCUCUACACCCUGCGGGGAAAUGAACGUUGUUUUGGGCUUCCCCUCACGGCCUCACGGUUGCCUUUCCCAAGGCGUACCUGGCUGCACUGCUGGUCACGUUUCUUAGUGGUGGUCUGUAAAAGUUGUUUUCUGAAGUACUGAUCUUCCUGCUAGGAAUUAAAAAUAUUCCUUAUAUAAGAAGUUACUGAACCGUCGAUAACCUCCCACUAGAUAGUGCGAAGGGUUCACAGCCCAGGCAGUACUGUGUUUACACCGGCCCUUGUCCCGCUCUCCCCGUUUGCAGAGUCACUCCUCAGUUAGGGGAAAAGGUGAAGGGCGCUGGGUCAGGGCGGCCAGCAGCCCUGUCCCUCAGGCAGCCGUGUCCCUCGGGCAGCAGCAAUGUCCCCUGGCAGGAUGCGGCCAUGUGCCCAAGCAUCACUGCGACAGCGGCGGUCGGAGAAGGCGGUUCCACCCAACGGCAGCCGGUCCCUUGCAGAUCGAAAGCGACGCUUCGGGCGCUGGUGGUAGGAGCUCAGCCCCACCAACAAUCGCACCGCUGUCAUGGCGGUGUUUCCAACGGCAUGAGGAGUUGGGUUUGAGCAUGGCUGCCGGUGACUUGUCACUGAAUCCACCGAGUCAGACAGAGGGAGGUUGACAGAGCAGGCAGGUGGUCGCCCAAAUCCUUAUGUCAUGAACUAUGGUCCUUUGCCACCCCUUUGUGCCACCUCCAGGUAUGAAAACCCCCCCAUCCAAUUCAUAUUUCCAUUUGUUGGGGGGAGUGUCAGGAUUUUUCAGAGUAACCGUCGGUGUUGACCCUGCAUAUCACUCAGGUAUGUAAACCACAAUAGACUUAAGUUCUCCAGCAUGAACUUGACAGCUUCUUUCAUGUAGGGUAUCACCUUUAGCAUUAUUUUGAAUUCAGGACUUUUUAUAGCUUAGACAAAACUUUUUGGUAGCAAAGCUGUAUAUGACUGGAUCAUCCUUAAGAAAAAAAAAAACAAACCAAACAUGAUUACAAUUACCUGGCUCCUUCUCAACCUCAUCUUCUUGUCUGUUUCCAGAUAAAAUAAGGUAUAAAAAAUUUGGAAGGAUCGAGGUCUUUCUAGAUGUUUGUUGGUAUUUUUUGAUUGUUUCGUUUUUCUACCUAACAGUGGUAGCAGUUUAGUAAGAAAGCUUAGGGAAGAAGGUAAAACUUAGGUAAGAAAGCAACAUACCAUUUUGCAAUGGCUGUGGCUUGUAAAAACUCCAAAUGAAUAAAAUAUUGCCUACUGGAAAAUACAACCCUGAACUAUUAAUACACUCACUUAACAGUUCAGUAUUCAGCACUUCUAUGCCUAGCAGUGGUCUUCCUGCAUUUCUUCACCUUUUAACUUUGUAGAUGUUUUAAGUAUUCUCUGAAAUGACUUUUUUUCACUGUGUUGACACCUAUUGCUGCCUGCGUUCUUCAUGCUUCGUCGUGCCUUUGUGCUGCAGUCAGGCUAGUAGCUUUAGGAGGCUUGAGCUGCAAAGAUCGUACACCUCAUGUUCUUUUUUUUCUUUAGCAGAUGCUCGGAACCAUUGCAGGGCAUGGAUGGAGACCAUGUUCUAGUAAAUCUGCUCGGAAUGUACAUAUAAGCAAACCUGGAGCUGGCUUUAGCGUUGAACUUACUGAUGCAGAGUUUCAAGCUACUGCUCAUAAAUUCGCUGUGGAGGAAAUUAUUCCUGUUGCUGCACAAUAUGACAACACUGGAGAGUAUCCUCUUUCGCUCACAAAACGGGUUUGGGAUUUUGGUCUUAUAAUUUCAGACAUACCAGAAAGCUGUGGUGGUCUUGGCCUUGGCAGUUUUGAGGCCUGCCUUAUUACAGUAGGGUUAGCUUACGGGUGUACAGGGGUUCAAACUGCCAUUGAGGCCAACUCCCGAGGGCAAAUCCCAGUAAUCAUUGCAGGAAAUGAGCAGCAACAGAAAAAAUAUUUAGGAAGAAUGACAGAGGAACCAAUGAUGUGCUUGCUGUGUAACAGGCCUGGUGCAGGUUCUGAUGUGGCUGGUAUAAAAACAAAGGCUGAGAAGAAAGGAGAUGAAUAUGUUAUUAAUGGCCAGAAGAUGUGGAUCACAAAUGGUGGGAAAGCAAACUGGUAUUUUUUGCUAGCUUGUACCAACCCAGAUCUAAAAGUCCCUUCAAGCAAAGCCUUUACUGGAUUCAUUGUGGAAGCAAAUAGCCCUGAGAUCCAAACUGGAAGAAAGGUGAAGAGUGUAUCUCUGAUUUGA